CUUGUAUGCAAUCGAGUAAUCAAAUGUAAACCGUGAGAAUGUAUAACGUUAUCACAUUAAAUGUCACUAUUGCAGUGACAUGUAAUCGAGUUCUUCGUGCAAUGGUCUGAAGUUAAAUUUAGUUAAUUACUAAUCAAUACAUUUCAAGUUUGUAUGAAGGAGCGGUAUCCUACUCGGCAUUUGACAACAUUGCGUUCAUUCUCAUAUUAGCUAGCGAACUGUCAGCUUGCGUUGACAUAGGAAGAUUUUGAGUGUUUCUUGGUUUUACAGAAUUGGAUUCAAUGACCACAGGCAAUUAUCAUUGUGAAUAAGAACCAAGCAGUUUGACAGCUUUGCUAACUAAACACGGCGCUAGCUAUCAAGCUUGCUAGCUGCCCCACACAGCUUACCACUUGAUAGUUAGCGUGUGCAGCACUUUUGAAGAAUAAGUACACGUUUUACCUCCGUGAGGAUAGUCACGUAAACAACAGUCAUUAUGAGGAUUUUAAGAGCUUUGAUGAAAAAUGCCGCAACCGGAAAACAAAUAGAUUAUUUCUCCAGAUUUUCUCCAUCGCCACUGUCAAUGAAACAAUUUCUGGAUUUUGGAUCGGAAAAUGCAUGCGAGAAGACAUCAUUCGUCUUCCUAAGACAAGAGCUGCCGGUGAGACUGGCAAACAUAAUGAAAGAAAUCAAUCUGUUACCAGAUAAUCUUCUUAGGACCCCCUCUGUACGUCUGGUACAAAGCUGGUAUAUGCAAAGUUUUCAAGACAUUCUGGAGUUCAAGGACAAAAAUGCAGAUGAUGAGAAAGUCACAUAUGCGUUCACAGAUGCUGUUAUAAAGAUUCGUAACAGGCACAAUGAUGUCGUGCCUACCAUGGCCCAAGGUGUUGUGGAGUACAAAGAGGCCUAUGGCACAGACCCCAUCACCAGCCAGAACAUGCAAUACUUUCUGGACCGCUUCUAUAUGAGCCGCAUAUCCAUCAGGAUGCUUCUUAACCAACAUACUUUGUUGUUUGGUGGUAAAGUGAGAGUAAACCCAGCCCAUCCCAAACAGAUUGGCAGCAUUGAUCCUCACUGUGAGGUCACUGAUGUUGUCAGAGAUGCAUAUGAAAAUGCGAGAAACCUUUGUGAUCGAUAUUACAUGAACUCUCCUGGCUUGAUUUUAGAAGAAUUCAGUGUUAAAGGAAGUGGAAAUCCUGUAACAAUGGUAUAUGUACCAUCACAUCUCUACCAUAUGCUGUUUGAACUAUUUAAGAAUGCCAUGCGUGCAACCAUGGAACUGUAUGGGGAUGCUCUCGAGUACCCCCCGGUCCAGGCCCAGGUGGCCUUGGGCCAUGAGGAUCUCACUAUAAAGGUCAGUGAUCGUGGCGGAGGAGUUCCCUUAAGGAAGAUUGACCGGUUAUUCACCUACACAUACUCUACGGCCCCUGUGCCGCCUAUGGACUCGGCACGAGCCACACCUUUGGCUGGCUUUGGAUAUGGGUUGCCCAUUUCACGAUUAUAUGCAAGAUAUUUCCAAGGCGAUUUGAAGUUGUACUCGCUGGAGGGUUUCGGUACAGAUGCUGUUAUAUACAUCAGGGCCUUGUCCACAGAGUCCAUAGAGAGGCUUCCUGUUUACAACAAGUCGGCCUGGAAGCACUACAAAACCAUUCACGAGGCAGACGACUGGUGUGUCCCCAGCAAGGAGCCCAAGGACAUGACUACCUUCCGCAGUUUCUAGAUUGAGACCGCACUCGCUGACUGGGUGGGCUCAUCUAGAUUAUUUCCAAGUUUUGACGAGUUGUUUUUCCAUUGCUUGCUGAGGAGAGGAAGAUAUGAGGGUGUGAUCGCCGCCGAUGAAAGGUCAAACAUCAGCUCAUAUUCAGUGGAUGUAAUAAAAAUAGCCAGUCAUAACAGACAGGAGCCUAGUGCCAUACUUUCUUUGGAAAACUGCAUGUUGCUUAGCCCCUGUAUAUUUUUUGUCUUUCUACAAAUGAGUGAGUUACAAUGUUGUUGCACUACAGAGAUCUGAGGAAAAUCGACUCUUUUUUUCAGUGAAAAAUGGAGAAGAAUUACAGGAUCUGAUACCUUGAUAUACAAUACGAUAACGUGAAGCAUAGGACAAUAUCCACAAUUCUUGGGGUAUUCAGUCUAGGACUUCAUGUUUUUUUAGGUUAUAGGGCAGCUAAAAUAUUCUAAGACCCAAAUCUAUUUCCUAUGUACUCAUAGGAAACAUGAUAUUAGUUUGUUACGUUUGAAUGCAAAUGAUGUGCACAAGUUGCUAUAGUUUAAAAUGAACUUAUCAGACAACUGCCCACAUUAACAGCUCCUGUGUGUAACAAGUAAAUAUAAUUGUCUACAAUAGACAGACUGAACAGAAUCACCCAACAGCACAUUCCAUGAGGAGCUUCUAAAUGUGUUUAUGGUUCAUUUAAUUAUUUGUUUCUUUUUUGUUGUUUGUGUUUGGAGUUUGUGAGUGUAAGCGACUGAAAGUGCUUUGACCAAUUCCAUAUGGAAGAUUUUUUUGUGGUUUAGACCAUCAGUUGCAAUUUCAUAUGUGAAUUGAGAAUAUUUUCAACGCUGCCAGCUAAAUAAAGUCAGUGUGUAAAUA